UGAUCUCCUGAAGAUCUCAGCAGUCCUGCAGUCCUGCAGACGAGACAUUCAGGCUCCUGAAAAGAUCGUUGAAAAGACGCUUUAAUAAAGUUUUCAGGUUCUAGGUUCCAGGUUCCUGGUUCUUCAAGACGUCAUCAUGAACUCCAGCACGGCGCAGUACUCUAACAUCCAGCACUGCGUCAGUAACAACAACCGCAGCAGCUGCGGCGAUGACGACUGCUGCGGCAAGAAGAGACGAUACGUCCGCAAAGACGGAAGCUGCAACAUGAUCUUUCGGCACGUCCCCGGCGAAUGGCACCUGUACGUCACAGACAUCUUCACCACCCUGGUGGAGAUCCGCUGGAGGGUGAUGUUUGCGACGUUUGCCCUCUCCUACAUCCUGUCCUGGCUGUUCUUUGGGAUCCUGUUUUGGAUCAUCGCUCUGGCUCACGGCGACGUAAAGGAUGUGACGAACGAGCCUUGCGUCUACGAGGUACGGAGCUUCACCGCGGCGUUCCUCUUCUCUCUGGAGACGCAGACCACCAUUGGAUACGGCUCUCGAGGCAUGUCCGAGAACUGCAUGCUGGCCAUCAUCAUCGUGACCGUCCAGGACGUCAUCAGCGUCUUUAUAGACACGUUCAUAAUCGGUAUAGUCAUUGCCAAGAUGGCGUCCGCAAGAAAGAGGGCGCAAACGGUGGGAUUUAGCAACACUGCGGUCAUAAACCAACGCAACGGGCAUCGGUGCCUGUCUUGGCGUGUCGGCGACUUCCGACGCAACCAUAUGGUGGAAGGGACGGCGCACGCCCAGCUGGUGCGACAGACGGCACACAUGACCGGCAAGAUGGACAUUUCCUACCAUGACCUGGAGAUCCAAAAUAACCACGUCAUUCUGGCCACGCCCGCCACCAUCGUUCACAAAAUCGAUUCCACCAGCCCUCUCUAUAAGACCAGACUGCAAGACCUGCGGAGAGACAGCUUCGAGCUGGUGGUGUCCUUUACCUACACGGACGACUGCACCGGCAUCCUUCACCAGACCCGCACCUCCUACACCCCCAGCGAAAUCCUGUGGGGGCAGCAGUUUCAGGAAAUGCUAAGAGUUACUCGCAAAUACUACAGAGUGGACUACGCCCUUUUCCACCAGACCUUUAAAGUCCCGCUGCCCGAAACCAGCGCCGAGGAGCCAGGACUACAGACGGACUUGAAACAAGUUGACCCAUUGAAACAAGAGCCACUGAACGCCAGUUCUUCAGCACUGUGUGAGAGACUGUGACGGGCAAUAAAAAAAAUCACAGCUGGGUUGAAGGUGUACUUUACCUUAAAUCAGUGUCUUUGAGUUUAUUCCUGUAUAUAUAUAUAUAUAUAUAUAUAUAUAUAUAUAUAUAUAUAUAUUCAUUCCAGUAGAGUCGUUUAUCUUUAGCACACUUAGACUGGGUGAAAUAUAUAGGCCACAUGGGGGCGCAAUAGAUGCGCUGUAGAUGGUAUGAUAAUUGUACUGGAACAAAUACAGCUUCUGGAAAAAUCGAAGAAUGCACUUCCGUUUCUGAAUCAGUUUCUCUGAUUUUGCUAUUUAUCGGUUUAUGUUUGAGUAAAAUGAACAUUGUUGUUUUAUUCUAUAAACUACAGACAACAUUUCUCCCAAAUUUCAAAUAAAAAUAUUCUCAUUUAGAGCAUUUUAUUGCUAUUUUAGCGGUGCAGCUACCUGGACGUGUCCAACAAACUCUUCUCAGCAGAGGAAACUGAGCUGCUGGUUGACGCUGUGAAGGAGCUCCAGCAGCUCAUUUACGGGAACAGCAAUGUUAUUUUAUUUACUAUUCUGUUCAUUGUUGAUGUAAAAGUUGGGUUUCUGCGCUGCUGCACAUUCAUGUGUGCAUGACAAGCAAGUGUGUAAGAGUGGCGUGUCUGUGUUACCAAGAUAGCAAUACGCCAGAAAUUGACCUGAUCACACCUCACUACCAGACCACAAUAAAAAAAUCUAUAAAAACUACUAUGUAAAGAUUACAGAUUUUCCACAAUGACACACAGUAAACGUGCCAGCUUUGAUAAAUAACAAAGAGUACAACAUACUUGUUCGUUUGUUUCUUUCUUUCUUUCUUUAUAAUUUUAACACCACAUUCCCGUUGGGAUUUUAGAUUUCAGAUAUUCUGAUUUUAAAGUUUUUUAUUUGGUAUGCUAUACUGUAUUUGUACUGUACAUAGAUAUCAGGUACAGUAAUAUUAUGUAAAAACAAUGACAAAUAUUUUCAAAUGCUGUCAAUACAAGAUCAAAAUAAAAUAAAUAAAAGAGCAUUUCACCCACCACUGUA